AAAAUCAUUAAAGAGGCAAACUGAAAGUAAAAGAGAGAAUCCCCCUAUGAAAAAGUGGUCUCAACCGAGCGCCAUUUUAAAAGCAGCGUGAAACGCGUACGCAUUAUAAUUUAGAAAAACCACCAGGACAGUAAAAACUAGCCAUGGAUAGUGAUGAUGAGAAUGAUCGUCGUCGUCGGGAUAAGUUCCGUCGGGAACGAAGUGAUUACAGCGAUCGCAGAGACAGGGAUAACCGGAGGAGAGAUGACUGGAAUGAUCGUAGGCGACGUGAUACCCGAGACCUGAGGGACUGGAACCGGCGAGACUAUCAGGAUCGUGGGAGACGGGACAGGUACAGCCCCCCUCCCAGGGACCUGAGCCCACCGUCCAAACGCAUGAGGAGAGAUUGGGAUUCUGGCGGUGGUUACAAUAACUACAACAUGCCGUACGGCGGCGGUGGUGGCGGGAACCAGGGAUACGGUGGGCACCAGCAGGGCCACGGAGGCUGGGGCGGAGGCGGGAUGCAUAAUAUGCAGCAAGGGCCUCACCAUGGCAACCAGCAACAAAGGGGCGGGCCAGACCAUGACCACGGUCGUGGCGGACCCCACGGCCCGCACAUUAUGAGCUUCAAGCAGUUCCUCGCAUCGCAGGACGACAUGAUCGACGACACGGAAGCGGUGCGUAAGUACAACGAAUACAAGGUGGAGUUCCGACGCACUCAGCUCAGCGAGUUCUUCCUGGCCCACAAGGAGGAAGAGUGGUUCCGCUCAAAGUACUACCCAGAUGAAGCCGACAGGCUGAAAGCGGAGGGCCUGACGUCCGUCCGGCGACGCCUGCUGGUAUUCUUGGAGCUCAACGAAGGAGACUGGAUGGACAAGAUGAAGCUGCAGUCUGAUCGAAACGAUGAAGUUAGCAGGAUCCUUGACGCAGCUGUUAUCAAGCUGGAAGGAGGAACGCCCUUGGAUCUCAAGGCUCUGGAUCAGCAGUUCCUGUCGCCACGGCGACGGAUGACAUCAGAGACUCUGGGCUCGGCUCACAGCCCGAGGAAGGCAGAGGUUAAGAAAGAAAAAGAGGAAAUCAAGGUAGAGGUAAAAGAAGAGAAACCAGCAUCCACCGUUAAGGAGGAAGUCAAGAAAGAAGCUGAAGACAAGAAACCAGACGAGGCAGAGAUUGUCUCCCCAAAGAAGGAAAAGGUGCCAGAACCCGAGGCAGAAGGGGACAAAGAACCGAAGACAAAUGGAGAAGAGAAACCACAGGCCGGCGCAGAGAAACGAGGAAAGAAACGUAAGCGACGCCACGACAGCGAUUACGAGAACGACAGCGGCAGUAGCAGCAGCAGCGGUAGCAUCAGCAGUGGCAGUGAAUCGGAAUCCGAACCUGAACCCGCCCCUCCAGGCAUUGAUGAUGACGUCCUUCCGAGCGACAAACUCGAGGAGGACAAAGCGGCAGAGAAAGCUCGGAAGGAGGCGGAAGAAGACGACGGUGAGCUGAAGGAGGGCGACAAGGAUGGCGAGGAGGGGGAGGAGAUUCCUGUGCCCCGCCCACUCCACAAGACCUACUCUCUCUUCAUCAGGAACGUCUCCCCCAUGAUCACCAAAGGAGAGAUCGUCUCGUUGUGCAAGAGGUACCCUGGAUUCAUGCGAGUGGCUCUGGCUGAGCCUCAGCCCGAUAGGAACUUCCAGCGACACGGCUGGGUGACCUUUGACCGGAGCGUGAACAUCAAGGAGAUCUGCUGGAACUUGAGUAGUAUCAGGCUGAGGGAGUGUGAGCUGAGCCCCGUGGUCAACCGCGACUUGGCCAACCGCAUCCGCAGCGUCAGCGGCAUCACGGCCCACAAGAAGAUCAUCCGCUCCGACCUCAAGCUCGCCGCCAGAUUAGUCCAGCAGCUGGACGACCAGCUCCGCCUCUUCCGUCCCGAGGAGGAGGCACGGUACAUGCGGGAGGAGGCCGAGAAGAAGAAACGCAAAGAGGAAGAAAAGAAGAAGCGAGAAGAGGAAAAGAAAGAUGAAGAUGAUGGGGAGAAAAAGGAGGAGGAAGAGCAACGGGAGAGCUCUGCAGAAGAGAAGGAACCAGAAUGGAUUAUCAUUCCGGCAAAGUAUAAGUCCAACCCAGUCCUGGAGAACAUCACAGAUUACCUGGUGGAGGAAGUGAGUGCAGAGGAAGAUGCUCUGAUGGGAGCCAAGCCAGAGGAGGAAGGAGAAGAGAGUAGCGGCGAGGUGCUGUUCCUCAAGGAUGAGGAGCUGAAUAAGGUUCUGGAUCGUCUGCUGAUGUACCUUCGCAUCGUACACUCCGUGGAUUACUACAACACCAGUCAGUAUCACAUUGAGGAGGAGAUGCCCAACCGCUGCGGUAUUAUGCAUACGAGAGGACACAACCCGCCCACCCGAAUCACGCACAAGGACUUGACAACCUGGAUCAGCAACUUCGAGACCAAGCUGUCCUCUCUCCUGAACGCCGCCACCAUCAUACCAGACGAAGAAUUGGUCAAAAUGGGCAAGAAAGACCCAGAAUCGGAGGUUGAGAAGUUCGUCAAGGCAAACACCCAAGAGAUCGGCAAGGAUAAGUGGCUGUGCCCGCUCAGCGGCAAGAAAUUCAAGGGGCCGGAAUUUGUCCGGAAGCACAUCUUCAAUAAGCACGGCGACAAAGUGGACGACGUCAGAAAGGAGGUUACAUUCUUCAACAACUACCUGAAAGACACCAACCGCCCAUCACUUCCUGAGCCCCUGUCCCAGAAGCCCCCGGGGGGUGGGGACAGGCCCGGUCAGGGUGACAUGCAAGGGGGUGGGGGAGGCAUGGGCUACCAACAGCAGCAGCAGCAGCAGCAGUUUGGGGGGCCUGCGAUGGGGUACGGCGGUCAGCAACAAGGGGGGAAUUUCGGCAGCAAUCGCGGCUUCAAUCAAGGUCCUCAGUUUGGGCACCAGCAGCAGCAGCAGCCUUCGUUCCAGCGUGGUGGUGGCUACGGCGGGGGAUUCAACAGGCAACGCACUAGAUUUACGAAACGCGGGGAUCAGCUGUCGACAAGAAAAGAUCCAAGACACAUCGUGAACUACCGGGAUCUUGAUGCGCCAAACGAUGACGACUUCUUUUAAAAGUCAAGUAAGACUCUGGUCAACACUGUCCAAAACCCCCAUCCCCAUCCCUACUCCCAUACCCUCCCCCACCCCCACCCCCACCCCACCUCUAUCGUCUCCCCCACCCAAAAUGUUCCUCCCCCUCCCUAAAAAAUAUUCGUCACCCUUACAUGGCAGAAAAACAAAGCAAUGGCCCAAAAUCCUGGGGAUCAUUGUUUUCUGCAACACCAUCCACCGUUGUAUCCCCUCCUCCAAAAAAUGUGAAAUAACCGAAGUACUUGGAGGUCAAUUUGUUCUGUAACACCACUCGGUGUGAAACAUUAUUUGUGAGUCCAAGUUUUAACAUUUGUAAUAACCUGGCUUGUCAAAUGGGUGUGUUUAGGGGUUAAUGGGGGGGGGGGCAGUUAAGUUUUAUAAUUUUUUUAAUUUUGUUAAGGUCAAACUCUUCAACUUUCAUCGGUGUUUUAAAAAAUACUGGAUUCGUACAAGAACACAUACAAGUGGACUGAGAAUGUGGUUAACAAAUUCUGUGUAGUUGUGCAAGCAAGCGUUAAUCAUUAAUUAUUUUCUGGUGGUGUUCAAAGUAAAUGUUUAGUAAAUAAUUUUUUAACAAGAUAAUUUGCGUUUUGUAAAAGACUGUGUUUGCUGUAGAGAUGUGCUCUGUAUAUUAAAAAGUAAAAUCUCUGUGGUUUAAAAUUAAAAAAAACCUGUAAUUCAAUGUGCUGUUUUCAGUUUUGUGAGAAUUAAAUUGAAUUUUGAUUUUUGCUCGGAAAAUGAUCCAUUUCUGUAUGCUUGGUUUUUAAAUAAAGAGGAUUACAUGUUCUCGGUCGAAGGUUA